CUGAAUCUGCUCCCACAAUUCAACAGGCAACAAAGGAAGAAAGGAAGAGAGGCCGAGAGCUACAAACUGUUAGCUAACCUGGACACUCAGAAAUCCCCUUAUUGUGUAUCUUUGGUGGGAAAUAUAGAGCUGUAUGUUUAGAGAAGAACCAAACCUGGCAUUAUAAACGCGUUAUACUUGUAUUGGUGCUCAGAGGGAUGACUAAAGGUGAUGUUUCGACUGCUAAUGCAAGCUAACACUAGCUAAGCUAACUAGCUAAGCUAUCGUGCAGGAGCGACCCUUCAUAAACGUGUUGUUUAUCAGGACAAAUGCCAACAUCUCUGGGUGUUUUUAUCUGGUAAUACAAGCAGAAGUCACCGGCAUCAAAUGAAAGGAGGUGGAAGUGGAACUUGACCCAUUCAACUGAGUCACCAUUUUCCUGCUCAUAAUGGGUGUGAUGGCUCCACUGUAUGCAUGACUUGUUCCGUGCGGCCUGAUGGGAGGACGCUGUGGAUAGUACUUUCAUCGGGAUACCAGGAGAGCCAACCCAUGCCCCCGCUGCGGAGGGCCUGUCAGAAUGAAGAAGAUAAGCCUUAAGACCAUCCGCAAGUCCCUCAGUAUAAAGGGCAAGGAGGAGGGCGACUUCGUCAUGCUCCAGCAGCCCUCGGUGACUACAGAGUUUUCUAAGGAAGAGUCACUUUUUGGGGGCUGCUACACCAAAGAGCUCUCCGGCUGCGACCUUGGUGGCGAGGAGGACAAAGGCGGUCAGAAUAAGGGCCGCACGAAGAGCGAGGGCCUGAUGGGAUCUCUGAAGAGGAGGCUGUCUGCGAAACAGAAGGCCAAAGUGAAAGGCAACUCCUCCGCCAUUGGCUCUGUGGACGACGAUGACGACACCUUCUCUUCCUCGUCUGCGCCCAUUGGAUUCAGCGAUGUGAAAGCCCAGAGACCCCUGAGAUCUGCGUCUCUGCGGAGCCACCAUUACAGCCCCUCGCCGUGGCCCCUGCGCUCAGUGAACUCUGAGGAGGCGUGCAUCAAGAUGGAGGUAAAAGUCAAAGCCAUGGUUCACUCUCCGAGCCCGAGUCCAAACCUAAACGGUGUCCGGAGAGAAUUUCAUGACUUUCAAAUGGAAGGGCUCUUUCCGGAUAGAGCUGAGUCCUUUAAGAACCUCCAGCAGCCUCAAAACGGGGAUCUGCAUCUGGAUAUUGAUGAAAAUGACGUGCCUGUGGUGCUGGGGUUGACUCCCCAGGACUACAUCCAGUACACGAUGCCUUUAGAUGAGGGAAUGUACCCCGAGGGGUCCCACUCCUUCUGCCUGGACAGCUCCUCUCCUAUGGAGGUGGUGACUGAAGCCGACGGUGCGUCCCUCCACGCGGACCACCAGGAGCACGAUCUGAUGAGUGGGCUUCCGCCAGACCUCUUCAUGGAAACCUCAGUUAAUAGUCUUCUCAUCGGUUCUGCCGGUGUGAUGCUCCAAAGAGGAGAAGUGCCCCCUCCCCUCUCUCCACUCCUGCCGCCCAUGUUAAAUAAUGUUCUUAUUCCACGGACGUUCUCUGGGUUCAGCUCUACAGACAGACAUGUGGCAGAGAGGAUGAGACACCACCUCAACUUUGACCCGAACUCAGCCCCCGGGGUGAGUCGGGUGUACGAGUCGGUGCAGACCAGCGGGCCCAUGGUGGUCACCAGUCUGACGGAGGAGCUGAAGAAGCUGGCGAGGCAGGGCUGGUACUGGGGUCCCAUCACUCGCUGGGAGGCGGAGGAGAAGCUGGUGAACCUGGCCGACGGAUCCUUCCUGGUCAGAGACAGCUCGGACGACCGGUACCUGCUCAGUCUGAGCUUCAGGUCGCAGUGCAAGACUCUGCACACGCGCAUCGAACACUCCAACGGACGCUUCAGCUUCUACGAGCAGCCGGACGUGGAGGGACACACGUCCAUCGUAGACCUCAUCGAACACUCCAUCAGAGACUCAGAGACCGGAGCUUUCUGCUACUCCAGGUCUCGCUUACCGGGAUCUGCAACAUACCCCGUCAGACUAACCAACCCAGUGUCUCGGUUUAUGCAAGUGCGCUCCCUGCAGUACCUCUGUCGCUUCGUCAUCAGACAGUACACGCGGAUAGACCUGAUCCAGAAACUGCCCUUACCGAACAAGAUGAAAGACUAUCUGCAGGAGAAGCACUACUGAGGACGCAGAGACAGGACAGUGGUAGCAAUUUGCACUUUUGUGUUCAGUUAAGAGAUUUAAACAAGGUUUACAAACAACCACAGUUUUGAGACGAUGGUUCUGGUGGCUCGUGAUUUCUGUCAAGGUUUAGUCCUCCAUUCCACUGCUCUGGGUUUUUUCUCCACGCUGGUUUAGGAGGCUCGACUCCCAGAAAAACAUAGUCCAGCACAUAAUCUAUUGCAAAAAAUAUAGAAGAGGUAUACAGCCAAGUUGUCUUAGAUGCAUACUCUAAGUGCAGACAUAGGGAUGUGAGGUGAAGUAGCAUCCAGCUGUUCAAAACAUAUUGCCAUUUGCUUUUAAGUUGAGCCUGUAGGGGGAAUUCCUUAAAUGUUAUCCACCUAAUUGUACAUUUAAAGGAUGAAAAAGUUUUGCUACAAUUCCAUUUUUACACCAAAUGUUAAACCUCCUGCAGACGGACACAUUUUGAUCAUCUCUUGCUUUUGAAUUCUCAUAUUUUCCUGCAUAACACGACUCUGCAUCCAUACUAUGCAAUCAGUCAAACGGCUACAUAGGGUACACUUCAUGUUCACCAGAUUUUUGCUAAUUCACUAAAGUAACUACUCAGGUAUCAUCUGAUUUUUGAGUUGUUUCCUACCUUAAGUUGUACAAUCAUGGACAUUUAUAGACAUGGAUGCUUAUUGGUUAAACAAAAGUACAACAACACGUCACAUUAACAAUUGAAAAUGCAUCAAAUCGUAUAAAUCAGAGCCAUGUCCACACCGUUUUCCUGCAAGAGAUGUCCAACAUGUGCCGGUCUGAGGCGGUUACAGCAGUUUGGUGACAGGAGAAGCUUUCAUUAGUGUGGCUGCAUGAAGCCACUAUGUAAUGUGCAAACCUGAAGGUACUGACCAUGCUGGAUUUGUAAUGUGCUGUUUGUAGGAACGGCAUCACCUAGAUGUGUAAACCUUUUUCUAAAUAUGUUAACAUUUCAAAGUUAAAUCUGUGUGCAUUAGGAAUGUUAAAACCGCAGCUCAGGCCUAACAACUGUUUCUGUGAUGCUCGUGUCUGCAUGUAGAAAAGGCUUUGUGGAGAUUCUCCAAAUGGAAGGAAACGUCACGAUGGAAAGAGCUUGAGUGAUGUUGAAGUGCAACUCACUUAAGGCAGGUUAUAAGUAAAGGAAAGUGCCCUCAAUUGACUGAAAGCAGGAUGUAGUGAUGGCUGUUCUCUCUUAAACCGAGCUCGAGGCUUCCUGGACAUAUUGUGAGAUAACGUGAUUUUGGAAAGUCAGGGUCAAGUCCUCCUCGCCAUCUCGGAGCGAUGCCAGGGUUUCAAUAAAGCUCCAUCACAGCUGCAUGGCAUCAUAUAGGCCUCAAAAUCAUUAGAUUUGUAACCAUAGCUUAUUCACACUGUCCCCACAGAUUGUCUGUACUAAAGGGAUCAGCACACAGAAUGCUACGCAAGUGCUUUAUAUGGAUACUUUGACAGGGACUUCACACAAUGAAUGACAACUUUUGGUAGGUCGUUAGCGCAUAGUUCUAGUUUUAGAAACGUCCGUGUCUGAGGAAGUAAAUCUAGCACAGCAGAAUUAGAUAGGAACUUUGAACGGUGUUGCAUGUUUAAAGACUUUUUGAAGCUUUGAGGAGUUGUAUAGGAAUGAAGGAUCUAGGUCGAGUGUUUGGCUGUGUCGAGGGAGGGUUUUCUGUCGCAAACAUUGGCUGGACAUUCUGUGUAAAACAAAUGUAUUCUUUUCUUUUUAGGAUCCGUCUGUGAGUUUGUUUUGUGACAUUUGCCAUCUGGGGGAUUGGGCUGUACUAAAGGAAUGUACGCUUGUUUGAGGUGAUCAUGUUAUCCGCCUGCAGAAAAACAGUUUUUCAGAAAGCAUAAGAAUCACACACACAAAAAACCUACAUUUUUUGCACUUGAAAAUUCUCCACUGACAAGCUUUGGAUGCUCUCCUGCCUCGAGUUGUCCUUCAGAUGGCAUUUCUUCUGAAAGAAAUAAAGUCACACAUUUGUCCUUCUGUGUUCAUACGUGUUUAGAUCAACAGCAGAUUGUUUGUGUCAUAUCUUGGGAUAUAAAGGGUAGCCAGCGUCAUAUCGAAGCCCCUGCUAACUCACUCAAAGGAACGGGAUCAUGGAAACAACGUGGAUGUAAAUUUGACUUUUAUUUAGUGUGUAUUUGUUUCAGUUGAAAUGUGAAAGUAAAAUGUUAGUUUUUUUUAAUACAAUGUUCUUUUAAUAAUUGAGUUUUAAUUUGUCGUCAGAUUUCGACACGCAGGAACCAGUGUGGUGUUGCUGCUGGGACUUUUUCUAAAAUACUUACUAUUACUCAGCAUUAUUGCCUUCAAUGUUUGAUUCCAGAGGUUGAUGCUUGUUCCGACUGCUGAAGCAUUUUGGAUUAAUAACAGCACUUAACAAGCAACAACGUUUUAUUUUCUGCAUCUCCGUGAGUGAAGGUGAUUGUUUACAACAUGAGUUCAAUAUUCCCAUCCUUUUCUUUCUUAUGUACUCUCACACGAACAUCUUGGUACAAUUUCAUUUUAAUGUGUUAUACACAUUUGUGCUGCUUUAUAAGGAUAUGAUUGCCUUUCUUGUAUUUAACAACGGGGAAAUAGAAUGUCACCAACGUAGACGUGUGUACACAUAAUGACUUUUGUUAUCGUCUUGGGAGAGCAACACAGAUUUGCAAUUUGUUAACAACUGUAGUCGGUUAAAGGAGCAUUAGUAGCUAUUAGCAAACCCUCUGUAGAGUUACCAGUUCACUCCAGUUUACGUCAACUUUCCAAAGUAGAUGCUCUUUUUCUAUUUUUCUUUUGGAAAAAAAUCAACAGUGAUUUAUUGCACACUUUGGAUACAGUUCAAGAGUUUUUUGUAUCUGCCAAGUAUAAAUUAUAAAUAAAACUAUAUUCUAAAAAAAA